UCUAUGCUUACCUUUCCAGGAGAGGCACUUCGGUACUGGCAAGGCUUGGAAGCGUCCUGGGACCAUUUCUCUCCAGCCUGACGAAAUGUCUCCCCAUAGAGACUGUAAAAGUCCAGCCAAGUUCUUACACCCAGCUGGACCUGAAGGAAGGGUCCUGGCAUUCAGUGCUGCCUCCUGAGCACAGCUGAAGAGGUGACUGAGGAGCCUGCAGUGGGCCAGGCUGGCUUGCCGGUGGUUUCAUUUUCUGUCACCAAUACUUCAAGGCACAGAGGAGCUGGUAAAGGCAUUGCCAUGAAACCUAACUUGAAGCAAUGGAAACAACUCAUGCUGUUUGGGAUCUUUGCAUGGGGUCUGCUUUUUCUGGUGAUAUUCAUCUAUUUUACAGAUAGCAACACUGCUGAACCAGUUCCAAGCUCCUUUGCUUACAUUGAAACUAAGAGGCUUCUGCCUCUUCAGGGCAAGCAGAGAGUCAUCAUGGGAGCCAUUCACGAUCCAUCGUUUUCAGAAACCAUUGAUGGGAAUGAGGUACUUCUUAAUGAAGAUCUCUUAGGUACAUUUAAAUCUGGGACUGGAAGUAUUAAGAAAUGGACUGAUUUGGAAGAUACCUUUAGAAGUGAAGAUGAGUUUUUUCCAUCCCAGAUAGGAAGAAAAUCAAAAAGUGCUUUCUACCAAGUGAAUGACGAUUAUUUAUUUGCUGCUGGUCAGCCUCGGUCACACAACCACCUUCAAGAGAUAGCAAAAUUCAUCUCAGCAGAUGAGGAUAAUCCAAAAGUAAAUAUUUUACAGAACAACUGGAGCCAUCAGAGAAGAAUGAGGAGAAGGAGCACAAAGCACAGGAGAAGCCAGAUGCUUGAUGAAUCUGAUGACUGGGAUGGGCUAUAUUCCACAAUGUCGAAAUCCUUUCUUUACAAGCUUUGGAAAGGGGAUGUCUCUUCCAAGAUGCUAAACCCUCGACUGCAGAAGGCGAUGAAAGAUUAUUUGAGCACCAAUAAGCAUGGGGUGCGGUUCAAGGGGAAACGAAACUCCAAGUUGACAGGAGACCAGCUAUUCUGUGAGCUAAAAGAAAGGGUGAAUGUGAAAACAAUAGAUGGCAAGGAGGCUCCCUUCUCCACUCUUGGAUGGGAAAAGCACGUUCCCCAAAUUCCACUGGGCAAAUUGUAUACGCAUGGCUUUGGGAGCUGUGCCGUAGUUAUGUCUGCUGGUGCCAUACUGAACUCCUCUCUGGGGGAUGAAAUAGAUUCUCAUGAUGCUGUUCUAAGAUUUAAUUCUGCUCCAACACGUGGCUAUGAAAAAGAUGUUGGAAAUAAAACAACCAUGCGAAUCAUUAACUCUCAGAUUCUCACCAAUCCAAACCAUCACUUUGUCGACAGCUCCUUGUACAAAGAUGUUAUCUUAGUAGCCUGGGAUCCUGCCCCCUACUCUGCAAAUUUGAAUGUGUGGUAUAAGAAGCCAGACUACAAUCUGUUCACUCCCUACGUACAGCAUCGCAGGAAGAAUCCAAAUCAGCCGUUUUACAUUCUCCAUCCGAAGUUUAUAUGGCAGCUCUGGGACAUCAUUCAGGAGAACACUAAAGAGAAGAUACAGCCCAACCCUCCUUCUUCAGGUUUUAUUGGUAUCCUCAUCAUGAUGUCCAUGUGUAACGAAGUGCACGUGUACGAAUACAUCCCUUCCGUUCGACAGACUGACCUGUGUCACUACCAUGAACUCUACUACGAUGCAGCUUGUACCUUAGGGGCCUACCACCCACUGCUCUACGAGAAACUGUUGGUGCAGAGGAUGAACAAAGGUUUGCAGGAUGAUCUGUAUCGGAAGGGGAAAGUCAUUUUGCCAGGGUUCAAAGCUGUCAAGUGCCCCAAACGAAAUAAUUUCCCACACUUGUAGAGGAGAGUCCUUCAGAAACAAUGUGCAAUAAGGUACUACUGUUGUACUAUAAACAAGAGAAGAAUACUUGAAAAUGUAUCUUAGACCAAUGUAGUCUUGAGUCUAUAAACUGUAAUUAAGUAGCAGGCAUGAGAAAUACUUCUUUUCUGAGCCUGAGUAUUUAUUACUGUUUUGCAAAUACUUAAAAAAGGCUUAGCUCAUGAAAGGUGCAAAGGACAUACUUAGGCAGAAAUAUAAUGUAUUGUUGUGGGUGUGAAUGUCAGAAUUUGUCAGUGGUCUCUUGUGCCACAUAUGCUAGACUGUAACUUUUCUUUAAUGAACUUAUUUAACUGUCAAAUCUGGCAUUGUGAAACAGCCUCUAUUGUUCAUGUACAGAGCAGCCAGUUGAACAAUGCAGUGUUUCUCAUGGCUCCAUGGGGUUUUCACACUCUCCAAGAAUGAAGUAAUCACUACUCUGAGCUGUGCAGUCAUUGACUAGAGUAGACUCUUAAUUCCUGUUCACACACAGGCUCAAUUACAGGCCUCCAGCUGCACAGGGGGCCUUACGGUGGCUAUGAGGUCAGUGCAGAUGGAGAUGGCUGUACACAUAGCUAAACCAGUUAAUUGACUGGAUGUACUUCUGAUGCCAGAUACCCACACUCACACUGAAAUGCCUACAUAGGGCAGAAGGAAGUAAAAAAUAUUUCUUUAGAGAGCAACAGACAUAUUUGUAACCCAUUUAGGGAAAAAACUCCCUGGGAGGCAUAUCAGGAGGUUUUGAGAUGGAAAUUUUAUUGUUCCCCUGGUCUGCACAGAUAAAGAAGAAAAAGAGAAAGACAAGGGAGGCUGUGCACCAUUUACCCACCACGCUAAAAGCAAACAUAGAGGGAGCUUACCUUUCUGCAGCAAAGAUAGCAUGCAGGAUUACAGACAUCAUUUAUGAGGUAUUUCAUUUGAGCUCUGACUCAAACUCACUUGUUCACAAGUUACUGCUGUUAAGAAUAUAUAGGGAGUGGAUAUCAGAAUUUUUUAUUUAGUGUUUGAAAGACUAUACCCCAGAGAAGCUGCAGUGCUUGCAAAAAACCUGACUACGGAUUGCAUAUGGAGAUAAUUCAGUAUUUUCCUUCAUAACACACAAUGAGAAUGUUAUCUUAAGGCGCCUCUAAAAAUCCGCCUGGUUGCUAAUAUAUUUAAAAUGCUAUUUUCCACGUCAAGACUUCAGUCUCAGAUUUUCCAAGCAGCAGGAGGUUAAUAUUCCUUUUUUUUUUUUCACACAACUGCACACUUUCUUUUAGGGUAAGUUCAGCAGGAACGUAUGCACACAAAAGCACAGCUACAUCCUACUUGUGUCCAUUCAGUAGAAAGGCAGACAACUCAAAGAGGCUCUGAAAAGAAUAGCUGAGUGGUUGUGGGGGAAAGUAAUUUUUGUGUUUUCUCUUAAGCAACAAAAAGGCAAAAGAGUACAAAGAGCAUUAAUGACUAUUUCCUCCUCAAUAGUAAUGUAAGUAUAAUCACAAAAUCCUUUUUCCCUCUCUGAUCUUUGGGUCUGAUGGAUUUCCUUCAUCAGAAGUGAAGAGUAUGUGUCUUACAUAGGAUUUACCUUUCUUUGUCUAUGUAGUUUCUUAAUUUGGGCUUUAUGAUCCUCUUUAAGAUUCCUCAACAGAAAGUAUGUCCAGAUGAGCUAAAAACUGUAGUUCUGUGUUAUGUAUGUCCAUAAAUCCCUUCGGUACAUGUUAAAAUGAAGAGGUUUUACUCAUACUAGCCUUAGACUCUGGAUAUAUUACAUACUGAUUUCUUGAUAACACUAUGAUUUAAUCGUAUGGAGAAUAGAUAACCUACAAAGAACUAAUCUAUUUUUCCAUAUGCUUAGUACUCUGUUUGCAAAACAUAGGAAGUCUGAACAGUGCAACCAAACAUGUCUGUCUCUCCUGUAUGCAGGAUUAGCUACCACAUGUUUGUAAAGGAAGGCAGUUGAUCAGCUUUCUAGGACUAGUGAAUAUGCUACUUUUCCAUGAGCAGGAAAUUCUCUCAAGUUCUGAAAAGAAAAGGAAGUGUAUCACUUUGGCUGGUCUGCAGCCACUAACCUUUAGCUUUGAUUUUCACAAGGAAGAAAAAUACUAACUGCAUUACUCAACUACCCACACCAGGAUUAUGCUGUAUUACUCCCUCAGUAAUUUGUCAGAGCAAUCAACAUAGCUGUUGUACAGAACAAGGCAAAUUAUAAAGUUACACGUAAUAAGCGCUAAGCAUACCUACUUAAUACAACAUUUAAAUAACAAUGCAGUACCGGGUCUGAGGUGUUACAGAAUGAACUGUAUAUUUUUAAUACACUGGGCUGCCCGCAUUCAAGGCCUCCCAGCAGAUACUUUUUUCUUUGCCUGAUUUAUAUGGCAGCCAGUGAUCCUUCUGCAAGUGCAAAUGUGGGUGCUGUAGCACCAUUACCUCAGAAGAUGACAUAGAGCUGUGCUGCAAACGCUUGCUCACAGAGGAGGAAGAGCAGCGUGUGGUGUCUAAGCAUCCCAAGCAUGCCUAAAAAAAGCAUCCCUCCGGUGGCUUCCCAACACUUGUUUCCACUGUGAUGUUUUACCGGUCUGGCUGCUCAAACACCUUGUGGCUCCUUAAAGAGAUUUUACUCCCCUACCUUGUCUUGUCCUCCUUUGGGUUUUGGCACAAGUACGAGUGUGCCUGAUCUGCUAACCGAGGGCUCGCCUCCAUUUGCUGCGAGAGGAGAAGGGGCAGAGAUAAAUAAAGGGGGGUCAUAAAGGACCUGCAGAGGUGUUCCCCUCAACACUGCUUAUGCUUUGUGGCAUUGGCAUUGCUGGCUUUUAGAAAAGCCCACCAAGUAUUUUUGCAGUUAUGGGCACGUCCCCAUCCCACAUGAGGGCAGAGUGAUAUUUACAAAGAAUCAUUCGGUAAAUUCAAAACAGGGAGUGUGUAUUAACACUGAACUAUGUAUCUUUUAAUAAUAAUAACAUGUGCAGGUGCUGGGUUUAGAUACAUAUAUUAAAUGCAGACAGUGUGAAAAAAAAAAGCCUUUUUCCACCCAGAUCGUGGUUUUCGGGGAAGCAAAGAUAGGCAUGGCUUUGUAUCUCUCCCGUGUGUCUGUCACAUGCUAACAGAGUGGAACAGCACUGUAGACAAGAGAGGUUUGCACAAACUGGGCUACUGAGGUGCAUCAUCAGCCAAGCAAAUCCCUCUGCUACUGGACCCCUGAGCUCCCUUCACACAUGUUGCAAUAAUGCAGGUUUAAAAUUUAUGAAGUAUUACUGACAAGUAGGAGUAAGUUGCCUUCAAAAGCUAUGGAGCCUCAUUUCUGUGCCGUGGUGCUGUGGACAACAGUGAACUUAGCUGAAACAAACCAGACACACAGCAGCACCUUAAGGAAACAUUCUGAGUUUAUGCUGAAUUUCAUUAUACUCUUUUUCCACUGUGAAUUCCGUAGCUUUUCUGACUUGUGGUGCUCUGUCAUUUUAUGCAUUCAUCCUUUGGAUGGUUAAACCAAGGCAUUCUUUGUCUAUUCAAGAAAAAAAAAGAAAAGAUAGAGUUUGCCUCAUUUUGAGCUGAAAUCCUUUUGCUAGACAAAAAAUUGUUGCAUUCCCUCAUCGUUCUAAAGGUUACCUGAGCAUAAACUCACAGCUCAGUCAUUCCUUGGAUUAAAGUACUACAUCUUUUUUUACCUUGCUGUGCAGUUUUACAGUGUUGAAACUCUGGUAAAGUCAUUGAAAUUAUCAUGAUACAAGAAAUAUGUACCUUUGGGGAGAGAGUGAGGGGUGAUUUACACUCCUUAAUCUGCACUCUCUUUGACAAAUUUAGGUAAAUCAUUGCAUGUCUUUGGUCAGGACACUUUCACUUUGGUGAAAACAUACAAAUUCUGAAGUUGCUGCUGGAGAACUCUUGCCAAAGGCAGGAAAACCAAAACAGUUUUUUUCUUAAAUGAAGACAGGUGUCUACACUCAAUGGUUGCACAGACUGAACACAGUCAUUUUAGAGAUGGAUUGAAUUAAACAGGAGCUCAAAACAAAUGUAGACCGAUCCAGCCCAUAGUAGGGUUUUACUUUUUCAUUUCCUUCUCUUCAGCAGUUUUGAAGGAUGGAAGAUGCCAUUUGGACAGUGACACAGAUGUACCAUGAAAGGAUAUUAAAUGCAUUGACUGCAAAAUAAAUGGAUAGUAUUUUCCCUUUCAUGCUCUCUAAAGUUGAUCCUUAUUGAGUAAAUUAAAUUGGGUUUGAGGGUUGGUUUUUUUUUCAAGUAGGUAAUUUAGAAGACUGCCAUCAGAAAGCAUCUGAAUCUUUCCUGGGAGCUAUCCUCUGACACACAAGGAGGAUACCUGAUUUAACUGUUUGGAAUUUAAAGUAGCCCAUGUCUGGGCAUACCUGCAUUAUUGAAUGAAUUUUGACACUGCAAAUUUCUUCUCUUUGGCUUAGUGAUCAGAUUCAGAGUUUUGUUCUUGAAAUAAAGACUUGUGUGUAAAAGCCUUUCAUUUAUUCAUAUCAUCUCAUCACUCUUAUAAUAUGUAGUCAUUGAACUAUUCAAAUAUAGACUGUGUACUUUUUUAAUAGCUUUGGGAAUUAUUUUGUAUGAUGAUUUUUUUAAAUGAAUGUGUACUCUAAUAACAAAGCUUAAGAUUUUACAGGAGUCACAUUUUUAAGCAGUGUUUGUAUACAUUUUAACACUUUCUAUAUUUUCUAUUAUGAUUUUGUAUAUUUUUAAGUAUGCACAGUGUACAGAUUUUUUCCUGUAAAUAAAACAUUUGUUUUAAUUUG